UUUUGACGGCAAAAUUGGGUUUUGUGCAUUUUUGUAAUUAUGUUUCUUUAAAUGAAUUUCUCUUUAAAUGAAAUUUUGUUUUAAAUGAAGUUGGAAAAUUUUUUCUCUUUAAUUCCAGUUAAAGCUGAAUGGGAUACAACUCAGAACAGGGACGUUUUGUGCCAGUGAGGCCGGCCUCAGGCUAUAGACAACAGAGUCCAUGUCUAAUUUAACUAGAAAUUUCACCUGGAGAACAUUUCCAUAGUGGUUAGACCUCAAGUAGUCCUCUUGGUAGAAUUUAUUUUGCUUUUCAUCUGGUGACAUUUAACAUACAAGGCUAUCUAUUUCUCCCAGGUUAUUUGCAAGUAUUUUAUUAUCAUGACAACUAUAUAAAAUUCAGAUCCCAAAUUGGGUUCUUGGAGACUAUUAAUUCAGAAUGAGCUUCUGGCAGAAAAUACUUGUAUGCAUUUCUUGUUUCUACCUAAAUAAAAUGCUGAGGCAUUUCGAUGGCCAUUCUCAUGUACCUGCUGACUUUGGGGGCUUGUUUUUGUUUUGUAGGGUUAAAAACUAAUAUUUAUAUAAGACAGAAGAGAAAGAUGUCAUUCCGUAAAGUAAACAUCAUCGUCCUGGUCCUGGUUGUUGUUCUCUUCCUACUGGUUUUGCACCAUAACUUUCUCGGCCUGAGCAGUUUGCUAAGGAAUGAGGUUUCAGAUUCAGGAAUUGUGGGGUUUCAGCCCAUAGACUUUGUCCCAAAUGUUCCCCGACAAGCUGUAGACGGGAGACAAGAGGAGAUUCCUGUGGUCAUCGCUGCAUCUGAAGAUAGGCUCGGGGGGGCCAUUGCAGCCAUAAACAGCAUUCAGCACAACACUCGCUCCAAUGUGAUGUUUUACAUUGUUACACUCAAUGGUACAGCAGACCAUCUCCGGUCCUGGCUCAGCAGCAGUACCCUGAAAAGCAUCAGGUACAAAAUUGUGGAUUUUGACACUAAACUUUUGGAAGGGAAAGUCAAGGAGGAUCCUGACCAGGGGGAAUCCAUAAAACCAUUAACCUUUGCAAGGUUCUACUUGCCAAUUCUGGUUCCCAGUGCAAAGAAGGCCAUAUAUAUGGAUGAUGAUGUAAUUGUGCAAGGGGAUAUUCUUACCCUUUACAAUACACCACUGAAGCCAGGGCACGCAGCUGCAUUUUCAGAAGAUUGUGACUCAGCCUCUACCAAAGUUGUCAUCCGUGGAGCAGGGAACCAGUAUAAUUACAUUGGCUAUCUUGACUAUAAAAAAGAAAGAAUUCGUAAACUUUCCAUGAAAGCCAGCACCUGCUCAUUUAAUCCUGGAGUUUUUGUUGCAAACUUGACAGAAUGGAAAAGACAGAAUAUAACCAACCAGCUGGAAAAAUGGAUGAAACUCAAUGUAGAAGAGGGACUGUACAGCAGAACACUGGCUGGCAGCACCACAACACCACCUCUGUUGAUCGUAUUUUAUCAACAGCACUCUACAAUUGACCCCAUGUGGAAUGUCCGCCACCUCGGCAGUGCCCACGUCUCUUCUGCCGGGACCAUGGCUAAGCUCUCUUCCUGUGGGACAAAGAAACAGUGCAAGAUUAGUAAUCCUUGUCUGCUCAAUCUAACUAACUGCACAUCUGGAAAGACUCUGAAGGUACUUGUAAUGAGACACACAAAAUUAAGACUAAUGACUGCAAACCUUAAAUACUAAAUCUUAGGUUUUUUUCUUGGUUGGUUUUUUUUUUGUUUUUUUUUUUUUGUAGUCUAUCAUGAACUGUUUAAUUUCUACUUUCAUCCCUUUCCCAUUUGUUAAACAUUAUUGAUAAAAAAUGCACUCAAGCUUAAGCAACUUGUGUGCAACAUACUUACAUCAGCUUCUUCAUCAACACUUUCCUGGUCACUGUCAAGGUCGUUGUGGUCCUCCCCCUCCUCCUGCUGUUUCUCUUUCUGUCUUGGCAGUUCUUCAGGAAUGUCCUUUUCUUCUAUUAUUCCAUUUGUUAGACCUGAAGACUGGAAAAGGAUGCUCCUGGCUGAACGAGGGCCCCUGAUGCCUAGGGAAGGAACAUAGCCCAUGUAAACAGAGACCUUUUACUGCCCUGUCAGCCAACGAAGAGAGCAAACACAAGCCUUGCUUACUGUGUAUGCUGUGUGCAUUGUUCUUUUCCAAUUCUUCCAGAUUAAAGCCCUGUUUCAUGUC